UAUAAAUUAUUUAUCAAAAGUAUUUAUUAAAUAAUAAAAAAUUAUAUGAAAUACUAAUUGCCAAGUGUUUUCCUCAAACUAGUGGAGAAAUCUACCGUGAAGUUUCAAAUGAAAUUUUGGCUGUUUCUAAAUAGUAAUCCUUUGAGCGGCUAUUUGUGCAUUUCCCGGGAUUUCCAACCUUAUCAAAAAAAAAAAAAAAAACACCGGCGAUGGCAGCAAUAGCGGCGGCGACCACCGCUUUUACUUCCCUCCACCUCACGCGCUCAAUUCCCUACACGCGCCGCCACAUUCAUACUCUCAUCACUUCCUCCUCAACUAAAUUCAACAUCACUUUUGCUCCACCAAAACCCAAACCCGACCCGAAACCAGACCCGGUAAUUCCUAUAAACACUAACCCUAGCUCCGAUGCUGAACUCGGUGAACAGCUCUAUAUCCCGUGGAUUGUUCGUGAUGAAAAUGGGAACCUCACGCUCCAGUCUACACCGCCGGCGCGUUUAUUGCAUGAAAUGGCGAAUGCGAAAACUAGUAAUAAGAAGAAGAAGGGGAAAGAGGUUGGUUCUAAAGCUGCGGCGGUGGUUCCGACGGCUGAGCCGAAGCAUUCGAAGGCGGCGAGAAGGUUUUAUAAUGAGAACCUCAGAGACCCUCCUCAACGUCUUAGUAAAGUGCUUGCUGCUGCUGGAGUGGCAUCCAGACGGAGCAGUGAAGAGCUGAUUUUUCAAGGUCGGGUUACUGUGAACGGGUCUGUUUGCAAGACUCCACAGACUAAAGUUGAUCCAGCUAGGGAUGUAAUUUAUGUCAACGGAAAUCGUCUUCCUAAGAAAUUGCCUUCGAAGAUCUAUCUUGCACUAAACAAGCCUAAAGGGUACAUAUGCUCAUCAGGGGAGAAAGAAACUAAGUCAGUCAUGUCCCUUUUUGAUGAUUUUAUAAAGAGUUGGGAUAAAAGGCAUCCUGGAGAACCAAAACCUCGGCUCUUUACAGUCGGCAGACUUGAUGUUGCCACGACUGGCUUGAUUAUUGUGACUAAUGAUGGGGAGUUCGCGCACCAGAUUUCACACCCUUCGUCUAAUUUGUCAAAGGAGUACAUUGCAACUAUCGAUGGUGAAGUUCAUAAGCAACAUUUGAUAGCCAUUAGUGAGGGAACAGUUAUUGAAGAUGUCCACUGUACCCCGGAUAGUGUGGAACUAUUACCCAGGCAGCCUGACUUACCAAGACCUCGUCUGCGUAUUGUGGUUCAUGAAGGACGGAAUCAUGAAGUUCGUGAACUUGUGAAAAAUGCUGGACUUCAGUUGCGUGCACUGAAGCGUAUACGCAUAGGUGGUUUCAGGCUUCCCGUAGAUCUAGCGCUUGGCAAGCAUGUUGAAUUAAAUCAAGGUAAUUUGAAGGCUUUGGGCUGGAAGAGUUAAAGUUAGAUGAGAUCAGAACCAAGAAUAACAACAUGCGUCGAAUGGGCAUAAGAAUUGGGGAUUAGGCUGAAAAAUUAGACAGUGACUGGUUGGUAGCAUUCACUUCUGCAUGGAUCCAUCGGGGGUGGCUCAAGGGUGAGGCUAGUAAAGCUUUUGCUUUAGGUCCCCAAAAUCUCAAAGCCUCAGAGAAUUUUAAUUGUUAAUUUUAGGAAAAUAGCAUUAACGUACACCUUACUAUAUUUACAUAAAUUCUCACCCUUACAAAGUAAAUCUCAUUUAGUUAUGUAUCUUCGUUGGAUGUGUCGGGAGUUAAUUAUGUAUCUCGACAGACCCAAAAUUGAAAAAAAAAAAUGUAUUGGGAGAUAAUUAUGUAUCUUUACAAAGGAAAAAAUGUAUCUUUAUUGGAUGUAUUAUGUAUUUCGGCAGACACAAAAUUGAAAAAGAUAUAUUGGGGGUUAAUUAUGUAUCUUUUCAUAGGAAGCAAUGUAUCUUUGUUGAUGUAUUGGGAGCCAACUAUGUAUCUCGACAGAUCCAAAAUUGAAAUUUUUAGUAAUUAUGUUAAAUGUAGGAAUUUUUUGUAA